ACAAACAGCGAGUAGCAGCAGUGUACAAAAAGGGAGGGGUUUCAAUGUAAAUUGUUCGGUGGCGAUGUUAUUAAUUGUUCAGCAGUAUUAUGGCUUGGGGGUAGAAGCUAUUAAUGAGCCUUUUGGUUCUAGACUUGACGCUCCUGUAUAAUAUUUAGUUGUAGCAAGAUAAGGCUGAAAGAAGCAAAGUAGAAACAACACCGACGGCGCAGCACGCUUGCAGUAAAAGGAAGCUGAUUUGCAUUCACUUGCUCACCUUGAGUCCUAUCUAGCUAGCUAACAGUAGUAAAGGCUGCUACGGUCUCAGGCAGUGACAUGGCCAACCCUCUGAGGAGUGAGGUUAGACAGCUGUACAAGAAUCUCCUGUUUUUGGGACGGGAAUACCCCAAAGGCGCAGACUACUUCAGGGAACGUCUGAAGGGUGCCUUUAUGAAGAACAAAGAUGUCACAGACCCCAAGGAGAUCAAAAAGCUAGUUGACCGUGGGGAGUUUGUGAUCAAGGAACUGGAGGCCCUGUACUAUCUGAGGAAGUACAGAGCCAUGAAGAAGCGCUACUACCAAGAAGAAUUGUCCGCCGUGCUGAAUAUAGGCAGACCGGUAGACUGAUAGCCUAGCUGUUUGGUGGCUGAAUCUUCAGUGUGCAAGUUUUAGUUUAGCCGUCCCUGAACAAGAGUGUUAUUAGCAACACAAAUGUCCUUAAUUAAACACAAAUGUUAGGUAUAUAUUACAGACAAGUGUUAUGAGCUACACUUGCCACCCACCUCGAGCUGUGGAAUGACAUCCACCAAAUGACUUUAUACAGUUCAAAUGACUACAGUUCUCUCGUGUACAUAAUUGUAAAUAAUACAUGAUAGAAUGUAUUGAUAGCGUGUACAAUGUCAUUUCAUUAUAUAAAUGAGACACAGCUAUUACAAAUGAAAGUUUAUUUUAAAUGUACAACACUGAUAGUCCUAUUUUUGAAAUAAAUGAGAAACAUAAGUCAAGUCAAAGAUAUAUAAUUUUUAACAAUCAUAACUUUACGUGUCUUUUUAAGUCGAUGUGAUGUAGGCUACUCCAUACAGUACCUUCAGAAAGUAUUCACACCCAUUGCCUUUUUCCACAUUUUGUUGUGUUACAGCCUGAAUUUAAAAUGUAUUACAUUUAGAUUUGUUUGUCAGUGGGCUACAGAAAUUACCCUAUAAUGUCAAUGGAAUUACCCUAUAAUGUCAAUUGAAUUAUCUUUGAAAUUAACAGAUUCAUUAAAAAUUAAGCUGUCA